AUGGUCUGCACCUGGUGGAGUCUACAUGCACUGGAGAGCAUGCUGAGUUCGAUUACGGGCCGGCCGAGCAUUAUACCCAACGAAGACAUCACAACUCCGCUGCCCAGUGCCGUGAAUAGCGAUCAGACCCAAAGCGUACCUGUGUCCAAUCUCGACUUUCUCGAUGCGGAUAUCCACCUGAACCUCCUGACCCAGCAAAUCAUCUCCAAUCUCUACACACAACGUAGAUCUGCGCCAUCAUGGGACUACGUCCAGCAAAUGACCAUAUCUCUAUGCGAACACCUUGACAAGUGGGCAUUUGAAUACAUUCCCCAAGUUCAUUCCGAAGAACGGAACCCAGCUCGCAUGCAACAACGCGACAUCUUCUUGCUUAAACUUCAGUACUACCGACUGAAGGUUCUGACGACUCGUCCCUCACUCCGCCGUAUUGAACGCUGUUUCCAAGCCGGAACUGAUGACUUCAAUUCGCUCGAUCAGUCUGUGGCAGAGUCGUGCGUACAAGCGGCACGGGAUGUCGCAUCGCUGUUGGCAAACGAGCCUAAUGUCAGGAGUCUGUAUGAAAAAGGGCCCUGGUGGACAAUUGUUCACAACAUCAUGCAAUCACUCGCCGUUCUCAUGAUAGCCAUAUCCUGCCCCGAUCACUUCCGCGACACACACCAAGCGUCUGUGCACAGCACACGGCAACUCGUCACCUCACUCCGCAGCAUGUGCGACACAAACAUGUUAGCGUCCCGCGCCUACCAGGUCGUAUAUUCGAUAGUCAAGACGUCAAAACCGUACGUCUGGGCCGAUAUCGCGGACGCCUUCCCAGACGAGGUCAUCAUGGUGCUACAACAACCAGCACCAGCAAAGGUCGACCCGCAAUAUCUACCAUGGCCGGACAACGACCAGCCAGCUGAAGCCUUGUUCCGUUAUGAAAUGGACAACUUCGGCAACUACCACUUUCACAUGUUAUGA